AUGGCUCUCGAUCAGUAUACCUACAUUUUCGUCAUCGGCACUUUGUUUGCCAUGCUCGAUGCCUUCAACAAUGGAGCCAACGAUGUAGCAAACGCCUGGGCGACGAGCGUCUCGUCCCGAUCCAUCUCAUAUAGACAAGCCAUGAUUUUCGGCACCAUAUUCGAGAUGUUAGGUGCCAUCACGGUCGGCGCUCGCACAGCCGAGACAAUUAAGAAUGGUAUUAUCCCCACCGACGCAUUCCGCGGCGACGCUGGUGUACAGAUGCUCGCCUUUACAUGCGCUUUGGCCGCCGCUUCCACGUGGGUGAUGUGGUGUACUAGACACUCGGCCCACGUUUCGUCAACGUACUCCCUUAUCUCGGCUGUAGCCGGUGUCGGUGUUGCCACUGUCGGUGCUUCUAAAGUUCAAUGGGGCUGGAACGACGGCAAGGGCCUCGGCGCUAUUUUCGCGGGUCUGGGCAUGGCCCCCGUCAUCUCCGGUGGUUUCGCCGCUGUUAUCUUCAUGCUGAUCAAGGUUGUCGUGCACCUCCGCAAGAACCCCGUUCCGUAUGCCGUGUACACGUCUCCGUUCUUCUUCCUUAUCGCCGGCACAAUUUGCACCCUUUCUAUUGUCUAUAAGGGCUCCCCUAACCUCGGCCUGAGCAAGAAGGCCCCUUGGUAUGUCGCAGCUGUUACCAUGGGAACUGGUGGCGGUGUUGCGUUGCUGGCUGCUGUUUUCUUCGUUCCCUACGUACACGCCAAGGUUAUUAGAAAGGACCACGGUGUCAAGUGGUGGAUGUUCGUUUAUGGUCCCCUACUCUUCAAGCGCCCUGUGGUCGAUCAGGCCGACCGCGCCGAUGUUCCCAACUACGCCGUUGUCCAAGACGAGGAAGAGCACUCUUCGUCAUCCACCCACUCCCCCGAAUCCCUCUCCGAAAUCCAACCCGUGUCCAAGGAAACCUCCACCUCGGACAUCGAGAAGACGCCCGCCGAUGUCGAAUCCCGACAACUUACCUCGAAGGAAAUCGCUGCGGCAGGUGAAUCCAAACUCCACGCCAAGCUCCUCAAGAACCGCGGCCCUAUGGGCUGGGCCAUGCGUACGCUCCGUGACAACCCGAUGGGCGCCGGCGAGAUCUACGAAAUGCACAACAUCCGAAUGCUCGCUCGCCGCAUACCCGCCAUGAUCGUCUGCGGUGCCCUCUACGGUCUCCACUACGACAUCCACGCAGCACAAAGCGGAGUCUCAGGAACCCCCGAAGGCAAGCGCAUGGAGCGCGUAUACGCGCACGCGGAGAAGUACCCGAACGAAGUGGAGCACACGUACAGCUUCGUGCAGAUCCUAACGGCGUGCACGGCAUCAUUCGCCCACGGCGCAAACGACAUCGGAAACAGCGUCGGCCCCUGGGCCGUCAUCUACUCCGCCUGGUCGACCGGCAGCGCAGCUGCCUCCAAGGCCCCCGUCCCCGUCUGGCAGCUCGCGGUCCUCUCCGCCACCAUCUCCCUCGGCCUCAUCACCUACGGCUACAACAUCAUGAAGGUCAUGGGCAACAAAAUCACCUACCACUCCCCCAGCCGCGGCUGCUCCAUGGAGAUGGGCGCCGCUAUCACCGUUUUGGUCUUCUCCCAGUUCUCGCUCCCCGUCUCGACUUCCAUGUGUAUUACGGGCGCGACGGUCGGUGUUGGCUUGUGUAAUGGCACGUUGAAGGCGGUGAAUUUUCAGAGGGUGGGACUCUUGCUGCUUUCGUGGAUCGCGACGAUUCCGAUUGCGGGGACGCUGGGGGGCGUGCUGAUGGGGCUGUUCCUUAAUGCGCCGCAUUUUGCUUCGUAG